AUGAAACUUGUGAUAUUGUUUGAAAUGAGUCUGAUGGAGAUCGAUGUCACACCACAGUCACCAAAUACCUCAUUAGGCACACUCUAUCCUAUCUAUCUGUCUUACAAAGCGAUCAAAGCCAAUGACCUUCAAUCACUCGAAGUCCUACUCAUGUAUUGGAUCGUCAUGGGAUCGGUCACUGCACUCGAAAACACCUUUGGAUGGCUCAUCAAUUGGUUACCAUUCUAUUACGAAGCUAAAACUAUCCUAAUGCUCUGGCUCACCCUGCCUCAAAUCCAAGGCUCUACUUUUGUCUAUGUCACUUACUUACAUCCUUUCCUUCUCGAACAUGAAUCCGAUAUCGACGCAAUCAUGGUAGAAGCUAAAGAAAAAGCCAAAAGAGCAGGUGCAGAUUAUUUACGUAGAUUGGUCGAAAAGAUGAAAGAACUUGUGAUGGGACUUGUAGCAUCACAGCAAUCUAUAAAUCAGUCUCAAACAAAUCAAUCUCAAGUGAUGAACAAUAAUAUGCCAAUGGAUCAUCAUCCAGCUUCUAUCUAUGCGAUGAACUUCUUACGACAGUUCGGUCCAGCAGCUGCAGCAGUCUUUCAACCUAUGCAAACUCGUACCCAUCAUCAAUCUCAACACGAUUUCGAGCAUCCACCAGGUGCAGUCUAUAAUCAAUUAUUUUUUCGACCUCCUUCGGUCCAACCUCAAGCUUUAUCAGGUUAUCAAAUUCCAGAAUACGAUUCAUCUUCCUCGAAUCUAGGUGUUCCAGGGAUGAUGAAGAAUGGAGGGUCAGGAAACCGAAGAGUUUCUUCUCCAUUACCUGCACCUGGCCGUGUCAUUCAAGCUAGCUCACGUAUGCACCAUAGCAACAGUGGAAGCGGAUUGAGCGCAUAUGAUGAGAUUUUACAAGAUGAAGCUUCGGGUAGUGAGACAGAAUGGAUGGCAUCUAAUCGAUCAAAACGUUGGAACGCACCAAGGGCUAGUACCGGACAAAUGGAAGAUGAAACACGACCUCUCGUUGAAAGAUCAACGCCGCCACCCCCACCUUCUUCUUCUUCAGCCGUUGCAAAUCCACCUGGACCGGGUUGGUGGUUUGGCUGGGGUGGAAGACCGGUUGAGGAGAUGUCAAAAAAGAAUGAUUGAGUAAUGUUUGUUUGAUCACCUUCAGGAAGUAUCAAGGAUAGUUGUCCAAUUUACUCUUAUAUCAUAGAUCUGCAUAUAUCCUAUUCCUUUUUCACACCUGAUGAGUUUUAAGAGAAUGGGGUUUCGUGUAAUAUCAUGUAUUGUAAGAACAGGGUCAAAUCAUUCUCUCCGUUUUUUUGUAAUUGUUACUAUUGUAUGAUUUAAAUCAGAGUAUCAUUGGAAAUAAAGACUUAUUCCCGAGAUC